AUGGAUGCCAAUAAUAUAACCGAAUGGCGCGAUGAUAAGGAUUUGCCUGAAUGUCUGAUGUAUAUGCUACAGAACGAGAUCAUGUGUGACGUCACCUUCAGAGUUGGACAUGACCGAACACUCAUCAACGCACACAAGUUCAUGUUGUCGACCCGGAGUGUCGUCUUCCACACCAUGUUUGAGGGGUCUCUGCCCGAAAAAGGAGAAAUAACAAUAUCUGAUAUUGAUGACAAUACCUUUCGGGAUAUUCUGAAAUAUUCUUAUAGCGAUGACAUCACAAUUACAAACAACAAUGUGAAGGAGAUAUUGUAUGCAGCUGAUAAGUAUAUGUUAGCUGCAGUGAAAAGGAAAUGCGAGACAGUUCUUAAACAAACGGCACAAUCAGAGCAUGCGACCAAGGCUUUACAAACCGCAUAUCAAUACCACCUGUCAGAUCUCCAAACAGAAAGCCUAGACUAUAUAGAGAAGAAUACAAAGGCAUGCCUUCUUUCAGAACAUGCAGUGAGCCUUUCCAAGGAUUGUUUGGAGCUGAUUUUGAAAUCUGAUUUUCUUGACUGCAGCGAAACAGACAUCUGUCAGUUUAUUUUAAAAUGGGGUAAAUAUCAGUGUGAGCUUGCAAAAUUAGAGCCUUCUGGUGAAAAUAUGCGGGAAUCCCUUGGAAAUAUUUUGUAUCUGAUAAGAUUCCCUAAUAUUGAUAUGAAAUUCUUUUCAAAAGCCAUUGCUUACUCUGGUUUACUCACAAGUAACGAAAUGGUAUCUAUUUAUCAAUCCCAUUUCGGUGAACCAUCACUAGCCUUUCCGAGGAGUAUUAGAGCUCCUGUAUCUAAACGACAAACAUAUAUAAUCAACCGAUAUGGACAGAUAUCUGGUCCUAUUGGGACAUCGGGAAUACAGUCCCUCACAUUUCGUUCAAAUAAAGAGAUUUGGCUCAAGGGGGUAAAUAUUUUUCCUGCGGUUUAUCAAUAUGUUCACGGCAUUAAAGGUACCAGGAGUAUGCAUUGUUAUGAUCCUGGUACUCUGAACAUUAAAGUACUAAAUGAUUCUAAAGAGGAAUCAUUUCAACAGCAAGAAAACAUAAACCUUUCACAAAAUGGCGGGGACGUUCAGCAGAUUGACUUUUGUAAACCUGUUCGUGUCACUUCUAUGAGAGAUUAUACUAUUGUAUUGGAUCGGAUGACACACCGGCAUUUUUAUGGAACAGACUGUCAGGAGUCUGUCACAGACCAGCAAUCUGGGGUUACCAUAGUGUUCAAGAAUUCCCCAGAUAAUGAAAAUGGAACAGAUAACAAUACUAGACAAUUCGCGGGGCUUUUAUUCAGUGUUUAA